CCCCCUCGCGAGCGCCGGCAGUUUCUCGGGGCGGGACGGGGGGGCGGGGACUGGGCGGAGAGGCGCGCGCUGGUGCGUGCGUGCGUGCGUGCGUGCGUGCGCGCGCGCCGCGGGCGGGCCAGUGAAACCGGCGGCCUUGGCACGUGACCUAGGACCGGCUCGCCGGGUCGCUUGGUGGCUCCGUCGGUCUGUCCGUCCGCCCGCGGGUGCCAUCAUGGCGGACGCGGCCAGUCAGGUGCUCCUGGGCUCCGGUCUCACCAUCCUGUCCCAGCCGCUCAUGUACGUGAAAGUGCUCAUCCAGGUGGGAUAUGAGCCUCUUCCUCCAACAAUAGGACGAAAUAUUUUUGGGCGGCAAGUGUGUCAGCUUCCUGGUCUCUUUAGUUAUGCUCAGCACAUUGCCAGUAUCGAUGGGAGGCGUGGGUUGUUCACAGGCUUAACUCCAAGACUGUGUUCGGGAGUCCUUGGAACUGUGGUCCAUGGUAAAGUUUUACAGCAUUACCAGGAGAGUGACAAGGGUGAGGAGUUAGGACCUGGAAAUGUACAGAAAGAAGUCUCAUCUUCCUUUGACCACGUUAUCAAGGAGACAACUCGAGAGAUGAUCGCUCGUUCUGCUGCUACCCUCAUCACACAUCCCUUCCAUGUGAUCACUCUGAGAUCUAUGGUACAGUUCAUUGGCAGAGAAUCCAAGUACUGUGGACUUUGUGAUUCCAUAAUAACCAUCUAUCGGGAAGAGGGCAUUCUAGGAUUUUUCGCGGGUCUUGUUCCUCGCCUUCUAGGUGACAUCCUUUCUUUGUGGCUGUGUAACUCACUGGCCUACCUCGUCAAUACCUAUGCACUGGACAGUGGGGUUUCUACCAUGAAUGAAAUGAAGAGUUAUUCUCAAGCUGUCACAGGAUUUUUUGCAAGUAUGUUGACCUACCCCUUUGUGCUGGUCUCCAAUCUUAUGGCUGUCAACAACUGUGGUCUUGCUGGUGGAUGCCCUCCUUUCUCCCCAAUAUAUACGUCUUGGAUAGAUUGUUGGUGCAUGCUACAAAAAGAGAGUAAUCUUCUUAAAAUACAGCUUUGAGCACACCUUCUUCUCCUCUACUGUAAGGUAAAAGCUCCUUAGCUCGGCAGUUAAGCCCCACACUCCUUACCUGCCAUAACUUCCCAUCACAAACCCUUCUCCACAACCAAGCCUGGUACAUUUCCUUCCCUAGCUCCACCUACGCCACCUCCUCACCUUGGUUCACAUCCUUAUCUUUGACUGGAUCCCACCCCCUCACUCCUCCAUCUCCACUUCCAUCUCACCCUGUCAAAAUCCUCACCAUUCUUUAGAAAGAGCCUCUUCAGGCUGGGCGCGGUGGCUCACGCCUGUAAUCCCAACACUUUGGGAGGCCGAGGUGGGCGGA